GAAGCUAGCAUAGAGCACUGUGCCAAGUUUACCAACCAUAGCCAGAAACCUUCCCACCUCAACUUUCCAGCUGCUCUUAAUCUCUUCCCUCCUGUCUUCCUUUUCAAUGAUCUUAGUUUCUGCAGAAGAUCCUGAGUUUGUGAAAUCACUGAACCCCAAGCUUCUCGGUUUGAAGAAAGAAAAGCUCACCCAUUUUCGCCUGUAUUGGCACGACAUUGUUGAUGGCCAUAAUCCCUCUGCCGUAACAAUAGUGCAACCACCCUCUAACUCCUCCCAAACAAAGUUCGGCCUGAUAAGAAUGUUCGACAACGCUCUAACUCAAGGCCCCGACCCGAGCUCGAAACUUGUGGGAAGGGCUCAAGGGUUUUACGGAUCUGCUUCACAAGAAGACGUUAGCCUGUUGAUGGCUGAGAACUUUGCUUUUGUUCAGGGGAAGUAUAACGGUAGCACCAUAACACUGAUGGGGAGGAACUCGAUCUUUAACAAAGUGAGGGAGCUGUCUGUGAUAGGAGGAAGUGGUGUUUUCAGGUUUGCUAGGGGUUAUGCUCUAGCAUCCACUCAGUCGUUCAAUGCCUCUAAAAGUGACGAUGCUAUAGUGGAGUAUAAUAUCUAUGUCUUGCAUUAUUGAAACUAGCUAGUUCUUUCAUCAUUUGCUAAUAAUUACGUGUUCUGUGAUUGCGAAAAAAUGCAUGGAAUGUUCUCUUUCUUGUAAUAAUCCAGAGGUUGAAUGGAUUGUAUUGACAUAUGUACGUGGUUCUGGACUUCUGGUAUUGAAUUGUUGGAGCACUAAGCAUUGUGUUUGUUUAUUUCAAUAUUAAUUGUUGGAACU